UCAAGCUGUGUGGCUCUGGGGUGCGGAGUUCAGCCAUGGCGCCAGGAUUGAAGGUCGAGCCACCCAUGAAGCCAGAGGCCGUGUGCGACGGAGCCAGCGCGCUUCUGCCAGACGAUGAAGAGGAUGAGAUGCCUUCCUGUUCUCCAACGGCCCAGAAGUUCCUGCAGCGCUAUUUGACCGUCGAUGGCCAGCCCCGCCGGGCGGCCGCCAUGGUGAUCGAAGAGUUGCAUGUGCUCAACUUGCUGGCGGAGGUGUCGGCCGACACUCGCCAUGAUGCCCUUCCAGACUUACGUCAGGAGCUCAUGCCGUUGCACCUGGCUGCGCGCGCUGGAGAUGUCCGUGCUGUGCGGUACUUACUGCUUUCGGGCUUCGAUCCUCGGGAGACGAAUCGAAUGGGUGAAACGGUGCUUCAAGUGGCGGAAGCAGCCAACCUCUCGGGCUCCAACGAUGCGGUGAUCCAGCUGCUGAAAUCCCUGCCUAUGCCUCUGGAACUUUUACGAGAACAACUUUGAAAUCCCACCGACCACUGUGCUCGGCGGUGGGUUCAGACCACAUCGGCUGUGGAAUGAGUGAGCCAGAGCCCAAGCGUUUGGGCUCCUGAGUCCUCUCUUCGAUCUGAAGGAUGUCUCCAAGGGGCCACAGUCUGUCUCCAAAGAGACACAACGUGCAUUUUUGAAAGAUUGACUUGCUCGAGGUCACCUGAGACUGGAAAGAAGUGACCGAAGUUAGCUUCGAUCGUGUCUCGUGUUGGAAGUCAUGUCUCAACAUCUCG